GCUGUGCUGCUCCAGAUGCUGAGGGAGAUGCUGAAGGACGGGCUCCUAGAGCGGAUCAGCCACCCCGAGCCCGUCAGCAGGACCCCGCUGGCAUCCGUGGUGAGGAACCUCCAGCCUUGGGUGCAGGUCGAGUUCUAUGUGAAUGAAAACACCUUCAAGGAGCGGCUGAAGCUCUUCUUCAUCAAAAACCAGCGAUCGAGCCUGAGGAUCCGGCUCUUCAACUUCUCGCUGAAGCUGCUCACCUGCCUCCUGUACAUCGUCCGCGUCCUGCUCGACAACCCGGAGGAGGGCACAGGCUGCUGGGAAUGCGAAAAGCAGAAUUACACGGCGUUCAACCAGUCCACGAAGAUAAACUGGUCACACAUCUUCUGGGUGGAUAGAAAAAUGCCGCUGUGGGCUGUGCAGGUCAGCAUAGCUGUCAUCAGCUUUCUGGAGACCAUGCUGCUCAUCUAUCUCAGCUACAAGGGGAACAUCUGGGAACAGAUUUUUCGCAUUUCAUUCAUCCUUGAGAUGAUCAACACGGUGCCAUUUAUUAUCACAAUAUUCUGGCCUCCUUUGCGGAAUUUGUUCAUUCCUGUGUUUCUGAACUGCUGGCUUGCCAAGUACGCCCUGGAGAACAUGAUUAACGACCUACACCGAGCCAUACAAAGGACCCAGUCUGCCAUGUUUAACCAGGUGCUCAUUCUGAUCUGCACCCUCCUGUGUCUCGUUUUCACGGGGACCUGUGGCAUCCAGCAUUUAGAAAGAGCAGGUGAGAAGCUCUCCCUUUUCAAGUCCUUCUAUUUCUGCAUCGUCACCUUUUCCACCGUGGGCUAUGGAGACGUGACACCAAAGAUCUGGCCUUCCCAGCUCCUCGUUGUGAUAAUGAUUUGCGUCGCCCUGGUCGUGCUGCCGCUGCAGUUCGAGGAGCUCGUCUAUCUGUGGAUGGAGCGGCAGAAGUCGGGAGGCAAUUACAGCCGUCACCGUGCCCAGACGGAGAAACACGUCGUCCUUUGUGUCAGCUCCCUCAAGAUCGAUCUCCUCAUGGACUUCCUCAACGAGUUUUACGCCCACCCGCGCCUGCAGGAUUACUACGUGGUGAUACUUUGCCCAACAGAGAUGGAUAUCCAGGUGCGGCGGGUCCUGCAGAUCCCUCUGUGGUCCCAGCGAGUGAUCUACCUCCAGGGCUCUGCGCUGAAGGACCAGGACCUCAUGAGAGCCAAGAUGGACAACGGAGAAGCCUGCUUCAUUCUCAGCAGCCGAAACGAGGUGGACCGCACCGCGGCGGACCACCAGACCAUCCUGAGAGCCUGGGCUGUGAAAGAUUUCGCUCCAAACUGUCCUCUCUACGUUCAGAUCUUAAAGCCUGAAAACAAGUUUCACGUCAAGUUUGCCG